AUGGAGGGUGCCAAAUUUGUUUUGUUACAUAUUCAGCUUGUGUAAGAUUUGUCUUUCAUUUGUGAACGAUUUUAUAGUUUCAAAUUCAGAAUAUUUCAGAAAUAUUCUACUAGAUGCUUCGAUGAACUCCCUUAUAACUCCAGUCAUAUAUAUGCCAACUCCAAUUGUUUCACUUCAUGGAAUUCUUCCUUGGUUAGGAAUUCCAUAUAAAGUAUUGAUUUAUAUUGCACAGUUUUCGGUUUUCCGUGAGUUUUAAAAUCAUGAAAUCAUAUAACUUAAUCAAAAAAUUAGUAAUUGGGAUGUCGAUAGUUGCAUUGUUUCAAAAUCGACAUAGUGCAAUUCAAUCAAUCCCUUAUCGUCUCCAGAAAAAAUCUACAAAAUUUAUAUACUAUUCAGUUUCAUAUUUAUGCGGUGCAAUUGCUUUAGUUUUUGUUUUUCUCGAUGACGUGGAUGAUAAUCAAUUAAAAUUAAAAUAUUUGGAAUGGUAUCCUUGUCCGCCGCCAGAAUAUUUUCAAUCUAUCGCUUCAGUUUUCACAAACAGUAUAGAAAUAACUGAAAUGUGUCUAGCAGCAUCAAUUAUUUUUAUGACUUCAAAUGUUUCAUUUUUUGUAUCUUCGAGUGUUUAUUAUCUUGUUAUUGCGCCUUCAAAAAAUACUUCGAAAAAAACUCGAGAAAUACAACUUCGUUUUCUGAUUAUGUUGAGUAUACAAAUCACAAUUCCAUUCUUAGUUCUUCUUAUUCCAACUGCUCUUAUUGUUUACAUGUUUAUUACAAAGACUAAUAGUCAGAAAAUCAACAAUUUUACUGUGAUUUUAUUUGCAACUCAUGGAAUAUUAUCGAAUUGCGCUUUAAUUUUCACACAUAAACCGUAUCGAGAAAAUACUUUGAGAAUUUUCAAAAUCGAAAAGGAAGUCACAUCAAUUGUUGUCAAAUGA